GCGUGUGAGUCUGGAAGUGCAGAGCUUGGCACCCGGUCCCUGUCAGAGCUGGACAGAGCUGUCGCCGGGCUGCUUCUGAGCUCUUCUGCCACCCACUUCCCCUGCCUGACACCCCCACCCCGCCCCAGACCUCUCCGUGGAGUCUUCUUCCAUCACUUCCCCUAGAAUUUUGGCUUGGAGUAUUAAGUGGCCAGGACAGAUUGCCAGUUAACUCAGUCCCUGAAUACAGGCCCUAGAUUAUCUUCGGGAUAGAGAUCUUAAUGCUUUUACAACCUUAAAACCUUGUAGACUGCAAAAGGAUCAAAGUAGUGACUUUUUAAAAGUCCAUUUAAACUUUAAGUGAGCGUUUAAUCUCUCAUCAGAAAGAUAAAGCCUGCAGAGGCGGCCCUGGGCUCUAAAGAUCGACCUUGAAUUUCACUUGGUGGGCAGGUGAGCCCCCGGCCGGCCAGGGUUUCCCACACUGUGCACGACAGGCCUUUCAUUGAAGCCUCGUUCCAGUGCCUCACAGCCAUCACAUUGGCCUUGUCCCCUUCUGAAAGGUGACUCUGUUCUCAGCGCAGGCUGCGCUUCAGGGCUGCUGGGGCUGGGUGGGUGCUGGAGUGGGGGUGAAGCCCUAGAGGAUGCGGGUGGAAACGUGGUAGUCUGGCUUAGAAUGGAGUCUUUGCUCUUGGAUUGUAACUUCAAAAUAUGUUUCCCCUCCCUCGCUGAGACUGCCAGCCAGUUCCCUUUCUGCCAGCAGGACCUGGGUGGUUGUCAUGGGAAAAAUUGAUUCACGCUGAAAUCUGAGUCUGCACAGGAGGAGGGGUUGAUCGGCCUGGCGUCUCUGCCCGCAUCCCUCUGCCUGUCUCAUCCUCUCUGACCCUUGGUGUGUUUGCUGCUAAUAACAUUUCCCCCUCUUCUCACCUUGCUUUUUUCUUCCCGACUCUGGGACUGGUGAAUACCCAGAGAGGACACAGUGAGUGCCUGGAAUCCGCGAGGAGGCCGCGGCCCGGCUGCCUCGCUGGGCCGCGCAUGGCCACACGGUCGCUGCUGAGCCCCGUUUGCCGGAAGCGCCAGGCCGUUUGGGUCACUCCUCUUGCUUUGGCACCUGAAGUCCAGACCUGUGGACUUCCUCCCCGAGUGACGCCCCCAUCCCGCUGUGGGGGGGGGGGGGGGCAGUGACCUGCCUGCGCUGGGGCUGAUGCCAGUCAGGGUCACAGGCACCUGUUCUCUGUUCCCGCCUCUGCCACACGGUUGGGGGCUGGGUAGGCAUUAUGUCACUGUGACCUGCUUACAGUGGUAACUAAGUGUUGGGGAGGUGGGGGUGCGGAGCAGGAAACAGCCUCUUCAGACAUUCCGGUGCAGAUGGCGUGAGUCUGGCUGGCAGCGUGAGCAUCCCUGGGGUGGACCCUGGCUCCUGGUAAGGGCUGGGUCAGGACCCCCAUCUGGGUGUGCGAGGGGCCCCUAGCAUCUGCAGGGCCCUUCCUGGGCCUUCUAUCAGCCCACGGGUCAGGUGGCUGUUCCCCUGGAAGCCGGUGCCCAUCCAGAGCUGCUCACAGCUGUCUGCCCCGUUCUGGGAUUCUGGAGUCUCUCAUCUCUUGCUGGGAGGAAAAGUCACUGGAAGGGCACAGGAAGACUUGGGGUAGAGAGAAAGGGAUUUCAGACCCUACUCUUGAAGAGAGGGGUUGCCUCAGAGUCACAGAAUGCCCACUGCAGGGCACUGAGUUCACGUGUGUGAACCCUGGGGAGGAGGGAUAGGGGUUUGCUGAGAGUGGCUUAUCACUAGCUUGUCCAGCCUCCCUUUUGCAAAGCUUCCAAGGUAUCGUGGAUUCUAGCAUAUUCAGAACCAAAUGUGUCAUCUUCUCUCCCCAAGAGCAGAGCCUGCCUAGGGCCCUUUAUUGAUGACUAGAACCAGCAUUUGAACGCCCAUUACCAUAGGCCAGAAAUCUGGACGGCACCCACUGUGUACCACGUUCUCUCUCAGCAUCUGUAUCUAAUCCACCUCCAAGUUCUGAAAAUCUUAUGUCCAGUGCUCCACAUCCAAUCCUGAUGUCUCCCUCCACCUCCCCUGCUGCUACCCUGCUCCAAGUCACCUUUUGCUCAUGCCUGAUUCUUUCAGUGGCAGCUGAAUUAAUGCACCCCUGUCUACUCUGGUCCACCUCCAGUGCUUUCUCCAUUCUCCUGCCAUUUUGAUCUUUUCAGAGCAUGCCGUUUGAGUGUCACCUUUACUAAGACCCACUUGGUAACUUCCGUUGCUCUUGGGACAAAUUUUUAUGUGACCCCAAAGCCCCUUUCACAGCCCAGUCUUGUCUCCCUGCCAGCUCCAUCUCAUGUGUCACGUUGUCAUCUGUCAUAUCUGUAUUUUGUCCUACCCCACCAGUCACCUUUCUGUCCUCAAAUGCCUCAGUUGUCUCUUGCUUCAGGGCCUUUGCACACACUGCUCACUCUGCUUGGAAUGUUUUGCUCUGUAUGCCCUUCACCCUCUGUCCCUCCCAAGGGACUGUCCUCCAUGAGGGCAGAAGCUGAGGAUGUGUAGCAACCCAGGUGGAGUUGGCUGCUCUCUGGGGACCAAACAAGGCUUCAAAUUAGAGGCAGAGCCCUGAGCUUUGGAGCAGAGAAUUCCUUCUCACGUCAGCUCUGCAGUGAACCCUUGGGAGCAGAGCCUGGCCCAAGUGAAGCCCAGAACCCGACAGCAUUAUUGAAAAGGCUUCUCACUCGGGCAUGAUCAACCCUAGCCGCCAGUGGCAGACGCUGAAGCAGAACACAGGGGUCGCCCACUUUGAGUAUCAGAUCCGUGUGACCUGCGAUGACUAUUACUAUGGCUUUGGCUGUAAUAAAUUCUGCCGACCCAGAGACGACUUCUUUGGCCAUUAUGCCUGCGAUCAGAAUGGCAACAAAACUUGCAUGGAAGGCUGGAUGGGCCCCGAAUGUAACAAAGCUAUUUGCCGACAGGGCUGUAGCCCCAAGCAUGGGUCUUGCAAACUCCCAGGUGACUGCAGGUGCCAGUAUGGCUGGCAGGGCCUGUACUGCGACAAGUGCAUCCCACACCCAGGGUGCGUCCACGGCACGUGUAACGAGCCCUGGCAGUGCCUCUGUGAGACCAACUGGGGCGGCCAGCUCUGCGAUAAAGAUCUCAACUACUGCGGGACCCGCCAGCCGUGUCUCAAUGGGGGGACCUGUAGCAACACGGGGCCUGACAAAUACCAGUGUUCCUGCCCCGAGGGGUACUCAGGGCCCAACUGUGAAAUUGCGGAGCACGCCUGCCUCUCUGAUCCCUGCCACAACAGAGGCAGCUGCAAGGAGACCUCCACGGGGUUUGAGUGUGAGUGUUCUCCGGGCUGGACUGGCCCCACCUGCUCCACAAACAUUGAUGACUGUUCUCCAAAUAACUGUUCCCACGGGGGCACCUGCCAGGACUUGGUUAAUGGAUUUAAGUGUGUGUGCCCGCCCCAGUGGACUGGCAAAACGUGCCAGCUAGAUGCAAAUGAAUGCGAGGCCAAACCUUGUGUAAAUGCCAAAUCCUGUAAGAAUCUGAUAGCCAGCUACUACUGCGACUGCCUCCCAGGCUGGAUGGGUCAAAAUUGUGACAUAAAUAUUAAUGACUGCCUCGGCCAGUGUCAGAAUGACGCCUCUUGUCGGGAUUUGGUUAAUGGUUAUCGCUGUAUCUGUCCACCUGGCUAUGCAGGCGAUCACUGUGAGACAGACAUCGAUGAGUGCGCCAGCAACCCCUGUCUCAACGGGGGGCACUGUCAGAACGAAAUCAACAGAUUCCAGUGUCUGUGUCCCACUGGUUUCUCUGGAAACCUCUGUCAGCUGGACAUCGAUUAUUGUGAGCCCAAUCCCUGCCAGAACGGUGCCCAGUGCUACAACCGUGCCAGUGACUAUUUCUGCAAGUGUCCUGAGGACUAUGAAGGCAAGAACUGCUCCCACCUUAAAGACCACUGCCGCACCACCCCCUGUGAAGUGAUUGACAGCUGCACGGUGGCCAUGGCCUCCAAUGAUACGCCUGAAGGGGUGCGCUAUAUUUCCUCCAACGUCUGCGGUCCCCAUGGGAAGUGCAAGAGUCAGUCGGGAGGCAAAUUCACCUGUGACUGUAACAAAGGCUUCACCGGAACCUACUGCCAUGAAAAUAUUAACGACUGCGAGAGCAACCCCUGUAAAAACGGGGGCACUUGCAUCGAUGGUGUCAACUCCUACAAGUGUAUCUGCAGUGGCGGCUGGGAGGGUGCCUACUGCGAGACUAACAUCAACGACUGCAGCCAGAACCCCUGCCACAACGGGGGCUCGUGUCGUGACCUGGUCAACGACUUCUACUGUGACUGUAAAAAUGGUUGGAAAGGCAAGACCUGCCACUCACGUGACAGCCAGUGUGACGAGGCCACGUGCAACAAUGGUGGCACCUGCUAUGACGAGGGGGAUGCUUUCAAGUGCAUGUGUCCCGGAGGCUGGGAAGGAACGACUUGUAACAUAGCCCGAAACAGCAGCUGCCUGCCCAGUCCCUGCCACAACGGGGGCACCUGUGUGGUCAACGGCGAGUCCUUCACGUGUGUCUGCAAAGAAGGCUGGGAGGGGCCCAUCUGUACGCAGAACACCAAUGACUGCAGUCCUCAUCCCUGUUACAACAGUGGCACAUGCGUGGAUGGAGAGAAUUGGUACCGCUGUGAAUGCGCCCCCGGCUUCGCUGGGCCCGACUGCAGGAUAAACAUCAACGAAUGCCAGUCUUCACCUUGUGCCUUCGGGGCAACCUGUGUGGAUGAGAUCAAUGGGUACCGGUGUGUCUGCCCCCCAGGGCACAGUGGUGCCAAAUGCCAGGAAGUUUCAGGGAGAUCUUGCAUCACCGUGGGGAGCGUGAUACCUGAUGGGGCCAAGUGGGACGAUGACUGCAACGCCUGCCAGUGCCUGGAUGGGAGGAUUGCCUGCUCCAAGGUGUGGUGUGGCCCCCGCCCUUGCUCGCUGCACAAAGGGCACAGCGAGUGCCCCAGCGGGCAGAGCUGCAUCCCCAUCCUGGACGCCCAGUGCUUCGUGCGCCCCUGCACUGGUGUGGGCGAGUGCCGGUCCUCUAGCCUCCAGCCCGUGAAGACCAAGUGUUCGUCCGACCCCUACUACCAGGACAACUGUGCCAACAUCACGUUCACCUUCAACAAGGAGAUGAUGUCGCCGGGUCUCACCACUGAGCAUAUUUGCAGCGAGUUGCGGAAUCUGAACAUUCUGAAAAAUGUUUCUGCCGAAUAUUCAAUCUACAUAGCUUGCGAGCCCUCCCCAUCUGCGAAUAAUGAAAUACACGUGGCCAUUUCUGCUGAAGAUAUCCGGGAUGAUGGAAACCCUAUCAAGGAGAUCACCGACAAGAUUAUCGAUCUUGUUAGUAAGCGUGAUGGGAACAGCUCGCUGAUCGCCGCUGUUGCAGAAGUGAGAGUUCAGAGGCGUCCUCUGAAGAACAGAACAGAUUUCCUGGUGCCCCUGCUGAGCUCGGUCCUGACCGUGGCCUGGGUCUGCUGCCUGGUGACCGCCUUCUACUGGUGCGUGCGCAAGCGGCGGAAGCCCGGCAGCCACGCACGCUCGGCCUCCGAGGACACCACCACCAACAAUGUGCGCGAGCAGCUGAACCAGAUCAAGAACCCCAUCGAGAAGCACGGGGCCAACGCGGUCCCCAUCAGGGACUACGAGAACAAGAACUCCAAAAUGUCCAAAAUAAGGACACACAACUCGGAGGUGGAAGAGGACGACAUGGACAAGCACCAGCAGAAGGCCCGCCUCGCCAAGCAGGCCACGUACACGCUGGUCGACAGAGAGGAGAAGCCCCCCCACGGCACACCGGCCAAACACCCAAACUGGACAAACAAACAGGACAACAGAGACCUGGAGAGCGCGCAGAGCCUGAACCGCAUGGAGUACAUCGUAUAGCAGGCGGCGGGCGGAGUCUGAGGGCGCCCGGGGCUCCUGCUUCUCCUGCUGUCCUGUCGUGUUCCGGUCCCAGGCUGUCCUUGACGUAGAACCCCUGUGUUAAUUUAAGUUCUGACAAGCUGGCUUACACUGGCAAUGGUAGUUUCUGUGGUUGGCUGGGCAGUGCUGCAUGGCACAGCUAUGCAGACACCAGUGCCUGGGGCCGCGGGGCCCGCACCUCUCGGAUCAGGCUCCCAGGAGGACGCCCGGCCCCCUCCCCCGCCGAGGCCUCCAGCUUCCACUUCUGCCAGAUGUCCCGAUGGUGAUGCAGUCUUAGGAUCAUAGUUUUUAUUUAUAUUUAUUGAAACUCUUGAGUUGUUUUUGUAUAUUGGUUUUAUGAUGACGUCCAAGUAGUUCUGUAUUUGAAAAGUGCCUUUGCAGCUCAGAACCACAGCAACUAUCACAAAUGAGUUUAUUAUUUAUUUUUUUUAUUGUAUUUUGUUGUUAUUGGGGGCGGGGGGACUUUGAUGUCAGCAGUUGCUGGUAAAAUGAAGAAUUUAAAGAGGAAAAAUGUGUCAAAAGUAGAAUUUUGUAUAGUUAUGUAAAUAAUUCUUUUUUUUAUUAAUCACUGUGUAUAUUUGAUUUAUUAACUUAAUAAUCAAGAGCCUUAAGACAUCAUUCCUUUUUAUUUAUAUGUAUGUGUUUAGAAUUGAAGGUUUUUGAUAGCGUUGUAAGCAUAUGGCUUUAUUUUUUUGAACUUAUUUUCUUAUUACGUGUUGCCUAUAAGCCAAAAUAGUUUAAGACAAUAGGAUGGCCUUCCGUGCCUGGAAUACUGGUGGAACUUUUUUUUUUUUUCGUACGACGUCAGAUGUUUAAAACCCCGACUGAGGCAGUUUGAGAGUUAGUCUAGAACAGGUUCCUUUUUUUUUUUUUUUUUUUUUUGCUUUAGACUUGAAGAGACAGGCAGGUGAUCUGCUGCCGAGCAGUUUAAGGGAACAAGCUGAGCUAUGACUAAACGUAGCCAAAACGUGAGUGGUUGAAGAUCAUUAAAAAUAUCAGAUUAAUUGUGUGAAGCUGGAAGCACACCGAUCUUAUUUUGUAAAUUCUGAUUUCUUUUCACCAUUCGUAACGUAAGACUGAACCACUUGUAGAUUUGACUUUUUCGUUGUUAUCUACUGCAUUUAGGGAGUAUUCUAAUAAGCUAGUUGAAUACUUGAACCAGAAAAUGUCCAGUAAGAUCACUGUUUAGAUUUGCCAGAGCCCCACUGCCUGCCUUAAGUGAGGAAAUCAAAAUGCUACGAUAAAGUUUAAGAUCAAAAAGGCUUAUCAAAAACAGAUUUCAUUGGUUCACUGUUGAGAACGUGAAGAUUCUUUGUAUGGUCCUCUUAGUGUUAUACGAACGUAAACAUGCAUCUUUGAUGUGUUGUUCCUGGCAAUGCAUUUUGAAAAGUCAUAUUUAUUAAAUUUUUUGUACGAAAACACGGACCCGUGUGGCCUCUCCUGAGCUUCUGUAGUUCUGCCCGGCUCGGUGUCGUGCCUUUGCCGCCGCCCUGGGCCUGUCCUGGUGACCGGGGCGUGAGAAGCAGGCUGUGCUUGACGGGGGCCUGGCUCAAGAACGGAGAGCCUUUCCAGCCAUCACAUUCAUCGUGCAUUCUCGAAACCCCGAGGGGCUGCCACGAAGCUGGAGCUGUGAGAGCCCCGUCUUGGGGGGGCCUUGACGCCCUUGUUAUUCCACAGCAAGUGUGAAUACUGCUUGAAUAAACAGCACUGGAUUAACGGC